AUGACCUUUAAAAGAUCUGCCCAGAUGAGUUCUCGUGCAAAGGGCUUUACAAUCGACGCUCUCCUCCACGAACAUCCGAAGAAAUUCUUUAGAAUAGACUACGGAGACAAGAAUCCUUGUUCUCAAGAUGAAACACGGAAGACAUGGUCUGCCGAAUACUUAAUAUCGCCAGGAAAUAUAGGUGGUCAUUUCUUCUACCGGACUUUUGUUGAAUCUGACUCUCUUAAAACUAGACGUCCAGUUACGAACUCCUCCUUCAAAAAGUAUGGAAUUGUUGGUCCAAGCCGUGAAGAAGAGUUAACCACUUCUGACAGAAGUGUCAAUGGGAUCGAUCCAGGCCGGGAAGAAGAGUUAACCACUUCUGACAGAAGUGUCAGUAUGAUCGAUCCAGGCCAGGAAGAAGAGUUAACCACUUCUGACAGCAGUGUUAGUGUGCAGUUGUAUAUGCAAGAUUUGUGGGUAAAAUUUCAUCUGAGAGGGAAGGAAAUGAUCGUAACAAAGACUGGACGACGACUGUUUCCAGCGCUCAAGGUGAAGGUUUCAGGACUAGAUCCAGAUGGUCAGUAUUCCAUGUGGGUUGAUGUUCUUCCUGCUGAUUCUAACCGAUACAGAUACGUGUAUGCCAACUCACAGUGGAUGGUUGUUAGUAAAGGAGACCCACCACCAGACAAGACUAGAUACCUUCAUCCCGACAGCCCUGCUAGUGGGAGCCAUUGGAUGGCGAAGAUUAUCAGCUUCGACAAGCUGAAGCUGACCAAUAAUAAAGAUGCAAUAUUAGAGGGACAG